AUGGCUACCACACUUCAAACCCCUCCCAGCUCCACAGUCUACGCCAAAAAUCUCGAAGAGCGGAUAAAACCCGACGCCCUCCGCGAAGCCCUGACCGAGGUCUUCUCCGAAUACGGCACUAUCAUCGACUUAGUCGCCAAACAGAACCUCAAGGCCAAAGGCCAAGCCUUCAUCGUCUUCGACGACCCUUCCAGCGCCGCCAAAGCCAUCGAGGAAGUCAAUGGAUUCGAGCUCUUUGACAAACCCAUGCAGCUCGACUUCGCGCGGACAAGAUCAGAUGCUACCGUGCUGAAAGAGGACGGGGAGGAUGGAUUAGACAAAUGGAAGCGAGCGCGGAUAGCGGAGAAGGAUCGGAAGCAGGCGCAGGAGGCGGCGACGCAGAAGUUGAAGAGGCCUGUGGGGCAGACGGCGGCGGCGGCAAGUGAACGGCCAGCGAAGGCACAGAAGGGGGCUGGCUUGAAGGGGACGAGUGCGAAUGCGGCAGCGGUGAUUCCGGACGAGUACUUGCCGCCGAACAAGACGCUGUUCUUGAGGGAUCUGCCGGAGGACUAUGAUCAGGAUGGGCUGUCGAGGAUAUUCUCGAGGUUCGAAGGGUUCAAGGAGGUGAGAAUGGUGCCUGGACGGAAGGGGAUUGCGUUCGUGGAGUAUGAGGCGGAGGCAGGGGCGAUCAGUGCGAAGGAGGCGACAGCGGGGAUGCAGCUUGGUGAUGAGGGCAAGGCGAUUCGUGUCACGUACCAGCGGGCAUAG